GCGGUUUUAUCUCCCUUCCCCGUUUUUGACCUCAUUAUCUUCUGACUGUUCUUCUUCCAUGUGUCAUUUUGGCCACAGAGCAUUGGGAAACGGUUGGUGUCUUUGCAGUCAGUCUACAUCGGGGUGUGAACUUUCCCAUUCUCUUCAUCCUUUUAGGACUGAAUGCAGGGCUAGCUGGUGUCACUCCACUUUGACUUAAAAUUUCCUGUUGGGAGACAGGGCUCAUUCUUGGCAAGACCCCAUGUCCUGAUGUAGAAGAGAAAGCAGAGUGGACGUCUUGGGAGGUAAAGAAACCAACCGUCAGCACGUACCCCUCUGACGCAAGCCGACUGUGAUGCGAUCUGUUUCUGGGGAGUCUCUUGCGCCUUUACUCAUUGCUGUGGCAGUUCCCAAGGCGAAGGUCAUCCAGCUCAACCCAGUUGGGGGUCACCUCUGAGAAAGGGGUUCCUGGACACCUCACCCCCAGAAUGAGCACUGCGAUUUCGUGACCCUCGGGAUUUGGCGUGCCCUGGAGAUGCGAGAUCCCCCUUCGGCAGCAGGAGGCGCACACCCGGAGGAUGCUGGAGCUGCGAGGGGAGAGGACCCACGCCCACAGCAGAGAAAGGCAAAGAGGAAAAAGGCGGCCCGGCGGCCAGCACUAGGGGACGCGCCCACGCGGUGGGCCCCGCCGCGGCUCAGCAGCCUCUGCCGCCGCUCGCCUGUGACCGAGCGCAGGGCUCCAAUCAAUGCAUUCCAGUAACCCUAAAGUGAGGAGCUCUCCGUCGGGAAACACACAGAGCCCUAAGUCAAAGCAGGAGGUGAUGGUCCGUCCCCCCCCAGUGAUGUCCCCAUCUGGAAACCCCCAGCUGGAUUCCAAAUUCUCCAAUCAGGGUAAACAGGGGGGCUCAGCCAGCCAAUCCCAGCCAUCCCCCUGUGACUCCAAGAGUGGGGGCCACACCCCUAAAGCCCUCCCCGGCCCAGGUGGGAGCAUGGGGCUGAAGAAUGGGGCUGGAAGCGGUGCCAAGGGCAAGGGGAAAAGGGAGCGAAGCGUUUCCGCCGACUCCUUUGACCAGAGAGACCCCGGGACGCCAACCGACGACCCCGACCUGAAAGAAUGUAAUUCUGCCGACCACAUAAAGGCCCAGGACUCCCAGCACACGCCGCACUCGAUGACUCCGUCAAACGCUGCAGCCCCCAGGCCUUCCACCCCGCCCCUCGGCCAGGCGGCCGCCCCCGAGCCUGCCCCUGCUCAGAAGACCCCCGCCAAAGUGGUCUACGUGUUCUCCACCGAGAUGGCCAACAAGGCUGCAGAAGCCGUGCUGAAGGGCCAGGUUGAGACGAUUGUCUCUUUCCACAUCCAGAACAUCUCCAGCAGCAAAGCCGAGAGGAGCGCGGCCCCUCUGAACACACAGAUCCCUGCCCUGCGGAACGACCCCAAGCCUCUCCCGCAGCAGCCCCCAGCUCCAGCCGGCCAGGACCAGAACUCGUCCCAGAACGCCAGGCUGCAGCCAACCCCACCCGUCCCGGCACCAGCACCCAAGGCUGCCCCACCGCCCCGGCCCCUGGACCAGGACAGCCCGGGGGCAGAAAGCAAGCUGAUUGCCUCCGUGGGCAGCCCCGCCAGCACCACCCCGCUGCCCCCCGACGGUACCGGGCCGAGCUCCACGCCCAACAACCGAGCCGUGACCCCGGUCUCCCAGGGGAGCAGCAGCUCUUCGGCAGAUCCCAAAGCCCCCCCGCCCCCGCCGGCGCCCAGCGGAGAGCCCCCCACGCUGGGCGAGAACCCCGAUGGGCUCUCCCAGGAGCAGCUGGAGCACCGGGAGCGCUCCCUGCAGACGCUGCGGGACAUCCAGCGCAUGCUCUUCCCUGACGAGAAGGAGUUCGCAGGAGGGCAAAGCGGGGGGCCCCCGCAGAAUCCCGGGGUGCUAGAUGGACCUCAGAAGAAAACAGAAGGGCCGAUACAGGCCAUGAUGGCUCAAUCCCAAAGCCUCGGCAAGGGGCCCGGGCCCCGGACAGACGUGGGCGCGCCCUUCGGCCCGCAAGGACACAGAGACGUGCCCUUCUCUCCGGACGAGGUGGUCCCGCCUCCCCUGGGCUCCCAGCCCGGGCCCACGGGGCCCGGCCACCUGGACCACAUGACCCCGGAGCAGGUGGCCUGGCUGAAGCUGCAGCAGGAGUUCUAUGAGGAGAAGAGGAGGAAGCAGGAGCAGGUGGUCGUGCAGCAGUGCGCCCUUCAGGACAUGAUGGCGCAUCAGCACGGGCCUCGCGGCAUGGUCCGGGGGCCGCCCCCGCCCUACCAGAUGACCCCCGGGGACGGCUGGGGGCCCGGGGCUGCCGAGCCGUUUGCCGACGGGCUCAACAUGCCGCACGCCCUGCCCCCGAGGGGGAUGGCUCCCCACCCCAACAUGCCGGGGAGCCAGAUGCGCCUCCCGGGGUUUGCAGGGAUGAUGAACUCUGACAUGGAGGGGCCCAGUGUCCCCAACCCAGCGUCCAGACCGGGUCUUUCUGCAGUCAGUUGGCCAGACGAUGUGCCAAAAAUCCCAGACGGUCGAAACUUCCCGCCCGGCCAGGGUGUCUUCAGUGGCCCCGGCCGAGGCGAGCGCUUCCCCAACCCCCAGGGACUGUCUGAGGAGAUGUUCCAACAGCAGCUGGCAGAGAAGCAGCUCGGGCUGCCCCCGGGGAUGAGCAUGGAAGGGGUCAGGCCCAGCCUGGAGAUGAACAGGAUGAUCCCAGGCACCCAGCGGCACAUGGAGCCCGGGAAUAACCCCAUUUUCCCGCGGAUACCAGUGGAGGGCCCCCUGAGCCCUUCCAGGGGCGACUUUCCUAAAGGAAUGCCCCCCCAAAUGGGCCCCGGCCGGGAGCUGGAGUUCGGGAUGGUCCCUGGAGGGAUGAAGGGAGAGGUCAGCCUAGGCGUCUCCAUGGGGUCCAACUCGCAGAUGAUACCUCAGAAGAUGCGAGAGGCCGGGGCGGGCCCUGAGGACAUGAUGAAGCUGCGCCCGGGCGGCGACGCGUUGCCCGCCCAGAAGAUGGUGCCCCUGCCCUUCGGAGAGCACCCUCAGCACGAGUACGGCGCGGGCCCCCGGCCGUUCCUCCCCAUGUCUCAGGGGCCCGGCGGCGGCUUGCGGAACCCCAGAGAGCCCCUGGGGCCCGACCAAAGGACUAACAGCCGGCUCAGUCACAUGCCGCCACUACCUCUCAACCCUCCCGGGAACCCCGCCAGCCUCAGCACCGCGCCCCUGGUCCAGCGGGGCCUGGGGCGGAAGCCUCUGGACAUCUCCGCGGCAGGCAGCCAGGCGCACUCCCCAGGCAUCAACCCGCUGAAGUCGCCCACGAUGCGCCAAGUCCAGUCUCCCAUGCUGGGCUCACCCUCGGGGACCCUCAAGUCCCCCCAGACCCCGUCACAGCUGGCGGGCGUGCUGGCGGGCCCGGCUGCCGCCGCUUCCAUCAAGUCCCCCCCAGUUCUGGGGUCUGCUGCUGCUUCGCCUGUUCACCUCAAGUCUCCGUCACUUCCUGCCCCGUCGCCUGGCUGGACCUCCUCUCCGAAACCUCCCCUGCAGAGUCCCGGGAUCGCUCCAAACCACAAAGCGCCCCUCCCCCUGGCCUCCCCAGCCAUGCUGGGGAGCGUGGAGUCAGGGGGCCCCCCGCCCCCCACAGCCAGCCAGCCUGCCUCUGUGCCGAUCCCCGGGAGCCUCCCCUCCAGCACCCCUUACACCAUGCCCCCAGAGCCCACCCUUUCCCAGAACCCGCUCUCGAUCAUGAUGUCCCGAAUGUCCAAGUUUGCGAUGCCCAGCUCCACCCCGCUGUACCACGAUGCCAUCAAGACCGUGGCCAGCUCCGAUGACGACUCCCCUCCAGCUCGCUCUCCCAACUUGCCGUCGAUGAAUAACAUGCCAGGAAUGGGCAUUAAUACGCAGAAUCCUCGAAUUUCAGGUCCAAACCCCGUGGUUCCGAUGCCAACCCUCAGCCCGAUGGGAAUGACCCAGCCGCUUUCACACUCCAGUCAGAUGCCCUCCCCGAGUGCCAUGGGGCCCACCAUGCCUCCUCAUGGCGUCCCGAUGGGGCCUGGCCUGAUGUCACACAAUGCCAUCAUGGGGCACGGCUCCCAGGAGCCGCCUCUGGCGCCUCAAGGACGGAUGGGCUUCCCCCAGGGCUUCCCCCCGGUACAGUCUCCCCCACAGCAGGUGCCCUUUCCUCACAACGGCCCCAGUGGGGGGCAGGGCAGCUUCCCAGGAGCUAUGGGGUUCCCCGGAGAAGGCCCCCUUGGCCGCCCCAGCAACCUGCCCCAAAGUUCAGCAGAUGCAGCACUUUGCAAGCCGGGAGGCCCCGGGGGGCCCGACUCCUUCGCUGUCUUGGGGAACAGCAUGCCUUCGGUGUUUACAGACCCGGACCUGCAGGAGGUCAUCCGACCUGGGGCCACCGGGAUCCCCGAGUUUGAUCUGUCUCGCAUCAUCCCAUCGGAGAAGCCCAGCCAGACACUGCAAUAUUUCCCUCGGGGAGAGGUCCCGGGCCGGAAGCAGCCCCAGGGUCCUGGACCUGGGUUUCCGCACAUGCAGGGGAUGAUGGGCGAGCAGGCGCCCAGGAUGGGACUAGCACUGCCUGGCAUGGGUGGGCCAGGGCCAGUGGGCACGCCGGACAUACCUCUCGGGACGGCGCCGUCCAUGCCGGGCCACAACCCCAUGAGACCACCAGCCUUUCUCCAGCAAGGCAUGAUGGGCCCUCACCACCGGAUGAUGUCACCAGCACAGUCGGCGGUGCCCGGCCAGCCCGCCCUGAUGAGCAACCCGGCGGCCGCCGUGGGCAUGCUCGCCGGCAAGGAUCGGGGGCCCGCGGGGCUCUACGCCCACCCCGGGCCCGUGGGCUCACCGGGCAUGAUGAUGUCCAUGCAGGGCAUGGUGGGCCCGCAACAGAACAUCAUGAUCCCCCCGCAGAUGCGGCCCCGGGGCGUGGCCACCGACGUGGGCAUGGGCGGCUUCAGCCACGGGCCCGGCAACCCCGGAAACAUGAUGUUUUAAGCUGCUAAGCGUGGGUGUGGCGCCAAGCUCGGCCGGGCGCCACGAGGCCCGAGGCCGGCGCGCGGGAGGGCUCGCGAGUGCGUGGGUGAGCCUGAGAGCCGAGCGCCAUCUGAGCAACAGGUGUGUUUCUUUAAGGUUUAUUUUUUAAAGAUUAUUUUUGUGGACUUGGGCGCUGGCGGCGCCGCCCUGUAUGUUUACGUCCCCGGACUGGCUUCUCCCAGGGUUCGGUUCUGGUUUCGUUUCUUGCUUUGGGCUUUAUUUUUGUGUGUACUGUACCAUAUUGUAAAAGGGAUUUUAGCAGAGACCUUAGUCUUUGGGACAGGAGCAGGAAUGCUGGGCUGUUUACUCUGGUGGAGAAUCCGUCUUCGGCCCUCCGGACUAUUUUCUUUCAACUCCAGUGUAUAGAAAAACCAAACUACGACCUCAGAGCAGAGUAUUAAUGAAAAGCACAAAAAGGAACUAAGUUCAGCGCGGGGCGGGGGGAGGGUUUCUUUCUAAGGUGACGCUACGUAGGGGUUUGUCUCGUCCGGCGCGCCAGCGCCCGCCCACGCCCCCAGCCCGCAGAGCCUCGGGCCGCCCCGCCGGCCCUCCCUUGGAUCCCCGGCGCCGUGUCCCCCGCGUGCCCCACUGGUGACCCCGCCCGAGGCUCCGGUCCUCCCUUCGGGCAGCUGCAGGACACCACAACCCUUGGGGCCCUCGGUGUGCAGAGGCCUCGCACCCGCCGGGGGGCCUGGGCCCGUGUGCUCCCUCCGCCGCCCCUGCCCACCUCGUUUCCGUUCUUUGAUUAGGAAUUCCCAAGUGGACUUCAUUGCUGUGGGAGUGGAACCGACGCUAAAAGCUAUCCAGGAUUUUGUUUUUGUUUUUAAUUUUGUGGUUCCUCCCCUCCCCGCCCCCCCAUGCGUAAAACGUUCUGUGUAACCUCCAUUAAAUUUGGUACAAAACCACUCACCAGAGAGCUGUGGUGUCAGAAAAAUAAAAUAUAUUGUU